AUGUCUCAGGAUUUCGACUCUUUAAAACAUACUGAUCAAUCGUUUCCGAGCAACAAACAGCCUGAUGUUUUAUCUGCCAAUUCUAAUGAUGAAGAACUAGGUCAAUCCAGAGAGCAAAUUGUAGAGCAAAUCAAUGGACCAGGACAAGAGAGAAAGAAAUUUUCGGAUCAACUCACUGCUGAGGACGUACUGAACUACGAUCCAAGCGGGUCAAGUGACACCGAAAAUAUAAACUUGGGUCCUUCUCUUGUAUCAAAUGACGAGCUUCAGCAGAUGGUUAGAGAACUAGAGGUGACAAAGAUGUCUCUCAGCAGUAUGAAUAGUUCAUCCCAGUCAGUGCCUAAAAAGAGAAAGUAUACAAAGAGGAACAAAGACCUAGUUGCUCCAAAAAAGCCUCGAAAGAUCCGAAAGACGAAGCAAAGUGUCAAAAAUGCAGAAGAAAUGUACAAUAAGAGUGGUAAUAUAGGGCCUGUACUGACAUCAUUGCUGACCACAAACCCAACUCCAUCGCCACCUGUGGCAGCUCAAGCGGGGGCGGAUAUAGCAGCUACUACCUUCCGUAUGGCCCCUCGGGCGAUUCCUGAUCGUCCUGUAGCGCACGCUGGAACCUACUCACAGAGUCUUGAAGCUAGAAUGAGGGAUAUUCAAAAAAUGUACAUAAGAAAGACUCCGGAACCGGAAAGGGCUCAACCGUUGGAUCCGAAUGGAGUUCCUAUCGAUAUGGUUAAAGCUAUGGACUACUUACAGGAAAGGUUCGAGGAUUUUGAACGAGUUAAUCUUUCAGAGAAACUUUUGGCGAAGAAGAAAGAAGAGGACGAGGGAGUUGAGGAAGACAUCGAGGAUGAAUCUGGCGAAGAAUUCGAGGAUUUGCUUGAUCUAUUUGACAUAGAUCCGGAUCAAACAUCUUUGGAUAUCGGAUUGAAUGAUAGAAGAAAUCUUCUACUUGAAUCUAUGGAUGAAGCACAACUUUCCAGGUAUGAGUUUUUCAGAAGGACAAACCUAAACUCUGGCAACAUUCGUAAGUUUGUUAGCAGUGUAAUCGGUCAAAAUAUUCAUGGAAACCUUGUCAAAAUCAUCGGAGGUGUGGGGAAAGUGUUUGUUGGAGAAGUUGUUGAAAAGGCCAAGGAUGUCCAAAGGAAGGAGAACGAUGCUAAAGUGAUAGAACAGCUUGACUACAAGAGAAAGUUGAAAGGAUACGAAAAUAUGAUACAGCAUAGAAAGGAGAGAGGUAAAUCCACUAGUGAUGUUCCAAAGCCUGCAUCCCCUCCUACUUAUUACGAAAGUCUUCGAGAAUCUGCAAACUAUCCGAAACGAAGUCCGUAUACUUACAACAAUUUCAGGGUGCUCAUUCCAAGUGAGUCUGAACCGUUAACGCCCAAUCAUAUAAGAGAAGCUUGGAGGUUAUAUAGGGACGAAAACAACACUGUGAUAAAUGGCAGGUGGAGACAGCAGGGUGGAGGUAAUGGGUUAAUGUUUCGAUAA